GAGUGGGCAGGGCCCGAGGCACUGUGCCCAGGCUGGCUGGAGGAUGAAGCCCCUGAUGGAGAGGUGUCUGAGGACAGCGAGGACCAUGAUAGUGCCACCCAUGCCUACAAGCUGCUCCAGAGUGCCCUGUGCCAGGAGGGGUUGCCUGACACAUUGGAUCGCUCCGCAGAGCCCCGCACAGGAUUCGGCCCGCUGGACGUGACUGUCUGCAUCCUGGGCUCCCCCACUGCCUUCCUGCCCAUCCUGCUGGAGGGUGGCACCCGCUGCCCAGGUGCCAUGGUGCUGUGCCUGUCACCCACUUGGGCCAGCCGGGUGCCCUCGGAGACGUCCCCAGGAGCCUGGUCCCUGCUGCUCUCCCGGGGGGUCUCCUUCGAAGCCGGGGGUCACAGCACCCUGGAGACCUUCGUGCCACCCCGCCGUGCCAACUACGUGACAGGCACCUUCCCCACGGGGGGUCCUGAGGGCGGCUGGGUGGGCGAGCUGGCACGGGACCUCGACUGCCCCACGGGGGGGUCAGUCCCGCUCACCCACCGCCUUGAAGACCCACUGGUGACCCGCUGGGUCCUGGCAGCCCGUGCCAACCUGCCCGUGCCCCCAACCCUGGCAUUUGUCCUGGGCUCAAGAGGGGACCUGCCUGCAGAGCUGGUGGCACCCGGGGUGAGGCUGGUGAGGCUGGAGGACCCCCAGGGCCAGGAGAGCCUGGUGAAGGAAGAGGUGGGCACCUUCCUGGGGAGCACCGCCAUGGAGCCCUACAGCCAGGUGGCGGUGCGGCCAGCAGGGUGGCUUUGGCGUGGGACGGGCACCCGCAGCACCCACGGGAAGGAGGAGGGGGAGGCAGUGGCACGGGCAGUGGGUGCCCGGCUCCGCGGGCUGCGGGAGGAGGACAGCGUCCUGCUGGAGGCCCUGGUGCCCACCGCCUGCCUGCCCGCACCCCCCCCACGCAGCCCAGCCCCACGGCUGCCAGUGGCCCUGCGCAUCUGCACCCUCGUCUGCAGGUCCUGGGGGGACCGGCCCCAGCUCUGCCAGGUGGCGUGUGCCGUGGGGCGUGCGGAGGCCCCGGUGCGUCACGGGGUGUCACUGCCCCAGGGCCUGGACUCCAGCCUGCAGCAGUGGGGGGUGGUGGCCCCAGCCCAGCGGCAGGUCCUGGCCACGCGGCUCCGAGAGGCCGCCGAGGCCACCAUGGCUGCCAUCCUGGCCACCGAGGCUGAGCUGAGUCCCCAGCAGCGUGGUGGCACCCGUGCCCGCACCGACCUCCUGGGCGUUGACUUCUUGCUGGCAUGUGUGGACGAUGCCCUGGAGCUGGUGGCCUUGUCCACCAACAGCCAGCGCUGCCUGGAGACCUGUCUGCUGGCCCACGGCAUGGGGCAUGCCAUGGGGGAACCCCCCAGCGACAUGCCCCGGGUGGUGGCCGAGGUCCUUCUGCACCGGGCGCAGUGUCACCUGGUGGAAGGCAAGGACAUCCUGCUCAUCGGCGCUGGCGGUGUCAGCAAGAGCUUCGUGUGGGACGCUGCCCGCGACUACGGACUGAAGAUCCACCUGGUGGAGUCGGACCCGGAGCACUUUGCGGCAGGGCUGGUGGAGACCUUCCUGCCCUACGACAGCCGGGAGCACCGGCGGGACGAGGAGCACGCCGAGCGGGUGGCGGAGCUGCUGCGCUCCCGGGGCAUCCGACCCCACGCCUGCCUCUCCUACUGGGACGACUGCGUGGUAUUGGCGGCACUGGUGUGCCAACGCCUAGGCCUGCGUGGUUGCCCACCCGCAGCCGUCCGGGUGGCCAAGCAGAAGAGCCGGACCCACCAGCACCUGCAGCGGUGCCGCCGCGGCCGCCCGCCGCCGGCUGCUUUCGCCGUGCCCUGCCGUCGCCUGCAGAGCCACGGUGACGUUGACCGGGCGGCUGGCACCGUGCCCUUCCCCGCUGUGGCCAAACUGGAGUUUGGAGCAGGCGGUGUGGGGGUUCGACUGGUGGAGAACGCCGGGCAGUGCCAUGCUCACGCCGCCCGCCUUUGGCGGGACCUGCGGGAUGACGAUGAUCACCCUGGCAUCGGCUUGGGCUGGGGCAAUGCUAUGCUGCUGAUGGAGUAUGUGCCAGGCACCGAGCACGACGUGGACCUGGUGGUCUUCCAAGGGAGACUUUUGGGGGCUUGGGUGUCCGACAACGGCCCCACACGGUUGCCAGCCUUCCUGGAGACGGCUGCCUGCUUGCCGUCCUGUUUGCCCGCCGACCGGCAAGCCCAGCUGGUACGGGCAGCCCUGAGGUGCUGCCAGGCGUGUGGCUUACGGGAUGGUGUCUUCAACGUCGAGCUCAAACUGGGACCCACCGGGCCCCGCCUCCUGGAGAUCAACCCCCGCAUGGGGGGAUUCUACCUCCGCGACUGGAUCCGGGAGAUCUACGGCCCCGACCUGCUGCUGGCAGCCGUACUGGUGGCACUGGGGGUACCGCCGGUGUUGCCCGCUCGCCCGGUGCCCCGCGGUCACUUGGCCGGUGUGAUGUGCCUAGGCUCGGAGCACGGGGUGGCACUGGGGGGCGGGGGAGGCUUGGCAUCUCUGCAGGCUCUGCAGGAGAGGGGGCUCGUCCGCCUCAACCGGCUCUUCGAGGAGACGGCGGGGGACGGCGAGUACGAGGAGCCCUGUCUGAGUGUGGCAUGUGCCGGGGCAACGCGGGCAGAGGCCUGUGUGCGCCUGCUGGGGCUGUGCCAGGCGCUGGGCAUCGACUCGCCACGUUACCCAGUCGAGCAUUUCUUGUCCCACUUCAAAUAG